GCUCAGAAGUAGACUUCCUACUUCCGCUAUGUCACAGGAAAUACACAAUUUGAUUGAUUUUUUUCGCUCUUCCGAGGCUGUAGAUGGCGCUGUUGAGGUUGAACAGAGUCUACGCAUCAUACCAGAAGUAGCACCAGAGCUAGCUUAGCACACGCCGAAACACUGCCUUGUGUUGACCCAGCACUGUAGGCCAAAUGGCAGCAGCAUCUUCAUCAUCAUCCUCUGCCGGAGGGGUCAGUGGGAGCUCUGUUACUGGAUCUGGCUUCAGUGCAUCAGAGCUCAUCCCCCCAAGAAAAGUUCUCUACACAUAUCCCAAAGGAGCUGGGGAGAUGAUGGAAGACGGCUCAGACAGAUUUCUGUGCGAAUCGGUUUUUAGUUAUCAAGUGGCUUCAACUCUAAAGCAGGUGAAGCAUGAUCAGCAGGUAUCCCGUAUGGAGAAGUUGGCCAGCUUGGUGGAGGAGCUGGAGGCAGACGAGUGGAAAUAUAAACCUAUUGAGCAGCUGUUAGGUUUCACAACAUCAUAGCUAACCGUAUACUGCUUAUAUUAAUUUAUGGAUCACAAUACGUUUCUGUUUAUCAUUUUUUAACCAGAAUGGAAACUUUUUUUCUUUUUCUUUUUUUAUCAUUUAUUUAUGCACCCUUUUUUUAUAUUGGAACUGAAUACUUAAAUGUAAAUAUACUUACUUAUGUUACAGAUCUUUCAGCAGACUAAUCAUGUGCAGAAGUGUACCAAAACUUUGACUUCUUACACAUCUACCUGAUCUGUGUGUGUGUGUGUGUGUGUGUGUGUGUGUGUGUGUGUGUGUGUGUGUGUGUGUGUGUGUGUGUGUGUGUGUGUGUGUGUGUGUGUGUGUGGAAUAAAACUGCUUAAAUCUGUGAUUAAAUUUAAUAAAUCAAUUAUUGCAUUGAUUUUUUUCAUCCAUUUCAAAGAGCUACAUAGAAAGUCCAAACUGCAAUUCUAGAUAUUGUGUAAUAUUCCUUUUUACUUUUAAAGCAUGCACAGUAUAUGUAAGAAAUAGAUAGAUAGGUUUGCUCAAACUUUUCUACAAAUGUAGCCGUCUGAUUUAGAAGCUGAAACAUAUCUUGUUUUUGUCUUCAGGAGCCCUGUGCUUUGUUCCACGCUCGUUCAGAGUUGCUAUUAAUUUUAGUGCUGUGGUCUGUGAGGUUAUCCUCCCCCUCUCUGCAUGUUUGUGUGAGUGAGAAAACGAGCGAGUGCAUAUAGCCUACUUGUAGCAGCUGUAGAAACAGGAGAAGACAAAGCAAGACAGAGGGGGUGCAGAGAGAUAGCAAAUAAAGCCCACACUCUUUGUCCUAUAAAGCUAACUGCUGUGUUCAGAACAAGCUCACAGCAUACUGAACACACGUAUAAUUCUAACUAAUGUACCACUGAUAUCAUGUUUUUUUCUGGUGGCUUUGUUUUUUUCUCUUUGAGAGCAGAAUAAAUGUUGCCCACUGAGCUUUGUUUAUA